AGAGGAGGAAAAGAAAAAAAGGAAGAGGAAGAAAGAAAAUAACAGAACUUAAAGAUAAAAAGAGAAUUAUAAAGAAAAUAGGAGUUAAGGAAAAGGCGUGAGGAAAGACAUCAUACGCUUGUUAAAAGGAGGAAAAGAGGAAAGAACAAAGGAGAACCAUGGAUAGCCCGGAUGUAAUAUGGUGCAACAACUCCUUCAUUCCCGACUCGGACCAGUACAGGGAAGCCCUGGGUUCCUUCAGCUCGGCCAUCCUCAUCAUCGGGGGUCUGGUCACACUGGGCCUCUUCAUCCUAUGCUUCGAGCAGCUCGUGUACACCAACCAGACGGCGCACUCAGGCUGCAAGCGGCACAUCUACUGGGUGGCGUCUGUGUUCCCGAUGAUGACGCUGAUGAGUCUGGUCGCAUUGCUCAUCCCGCGGUCACACAACGUUUGCCUCUCCGUCAAGAUGGUCUACAUGUCUAUCGGGAUCAGCCACUUCACGGACCUGACGAUAGUGAUGUUCGGGGGCGAGGAGCGGAUGCUGGAGGUGGGGCGCGAGGACACCUUCAGCCUGAACCUGAGCCCGGUGUGCUGCUGCUGCAAGUGCCUGCCCUUCCCGCCCGUCACCAAGUACUCGCUGCGGCUCGUCGUGCUCCUGACAGACCAGCUGCCCUUCAUUCAGGCCAUUUACUACGUGGUGGUCAUGAUUCUUAUUUCGGCCGAUAACAUAACGCUGGGAGACGUCAACCCCGCCGGCGCGUUCCUGUGGCUGAACCUCGUCAAGUUCGCCUCGGUCAUGUCCGGCGUCUACGGUUUCAUGAUCCUGUCCAACUUCUCCCGCCGCUACCUCCAUGGCUUCCAGUACAGGAAGAAGGCCCUGUCCAUCCACGUCCUGGUCCUCGUCACCAACCUGCAGCUCCUCGUCUUCAACAUCAUGGGGAACUACAACGCCUUCCCCUGCAUCCCCCCCUACGUGUCCAGCACCGUGUACAAGCAGACCGUGGACAACUCCCUCUACAUUUUGGAGAUGAUGAUCCUGGGGCCCUACACCUACUGGCAGUACCACGACCUGAAGUUUGCCUCCCCCAUCACCCACCAGCACAUCCCUGACAGCCGCAGCAGCAGCAUCACGCACAGCAGCAUCGUCAGCGGCUCCAGCAACGAGGACUCGGAACACACCAUCACCACCACAGCCACGAGCUCUGCAAAGACGGACUUCAGCAGUGGCGGCAGCGGGGACUCGCGGCGCACACACAGCACUAACGACAGCACACGCAGCAGAGGGGGCAGCAGAAGCACCACCAACGGCAUGGACGAGAAGGAAAACGGAGCCGUGCAUGACUGUGAGAAGGGGGACUGUGUCAUAACCACACAAGUCUCUAGCAUAAUGGGUACUGCGUCUGCUGGUAACAAGAGGAAAAAGGAGAGUAGGAGUAGGAGUCAUAGCAGGGAUGGCAGUGGUAGCAGGGUCGGUAGCAGUGGGAAAAAGAAGAGCGAGAGUGCCAGAAAGAAACCAAAGAGUGCCACAACUCAAUCAAAACCAAAAGGGAAGAAAACGACCACACUCUACGACUUAAACGAGACAUCAGAAACCACAAACACCCAAGAAAAGACCACCAAGAGUAUCCCUGUUUCUACAAGUACCUUCACCACCCAAGACAAAGGCAUUAAUAGCAUUUAUAUUAGCCCUACUAGCAAGACCUUCACUAGCGUUUCCCUCUGCCCGGGGAUGCUAAACAGAGCGAUGAGCUUAUCCCAACCUAACAUGAAGGCGAGGAGCGAGUAUGAGAGGCUUUAUUAGUUGUAGGAGAGGGGAGAGAGACGGGCAGGUGAGGGAAAGUGGAAGGUAAAUUGGGGGGGGAGAGAUGGGUAAGGAAAGGUGGGAGAUAAGUAGAAGUGGAACAUGAAGGCAAGAAGCAGGUAUGAGAGACUGUAUUAGAUAUGGGACAGGUGAGAGAGACGGGCAGGUGAAGGAAAGUGGAAGACAGGUAUGAAAAGGAAAAGAUAAAUUGGAAGGUAAAAGAUGGAGGUAAAAAUAAUAGUGAAAUAGGUUUAAUGUAUUUUUUGUGCGGGAAAAGAAGGUAAGGAAAGGCAAAACAGCUCUAGGAUAAGAUGAGGGUAAGGAAAGUGAGGCAGAAACAGAUGAAAUGAGAUUAAGGUAAUUUUCAAAGGUAAAUCCAGGUGAGAAAAGGUGAAUUAAUGGUUUUAGGUAAAUGUCUUGGUUAGGUAAGAAAGGUGAAGUAAGAGUAGGAAGUAAUUUUAAGAGGUUGUUAAGGUUAGAAAUGAUAAUUAUGAAGGUUAUAAGGUAAAUUUUGGGGUAAACUUAGGAGAGAAAAAUUGUAUAAAAGAUUAAGGUAAUUUUGGGGUAAGUUUAGGUAAGAAAAGGUGAUAAUUAUAAAGGGGUAAGGUAAUUAAGGGAGGAGAGGCAAGCAAGGAUGAAAUAAGACCUUUAGAUAAUUAAUAAAAGAAAAUAUCAGGUAAAUAAAGAUGAAAUGAUGGUUUAAAGUAAGAUUUGAAGGUAGAUUUAGGUAAGGGAAGAAAAAACAACGGUUUAAGGUAAAUAUUUAAGGGAGAAUGUAGGUAAGAAAAUAAAAAGAAACGGGUGAAGGUAAAUUUUGAAGGGGCAAGUUAGGUGAGGAAAAGGGAGACAGGAAAAGGGAAAGGAUAGGAAAGGUAAGGUAAGGAAAGGUAAAGAAAAAUAUGGGUAAGAAAAAAAAAAAGGAAAAUACAGAAAGCCAAUCAGAAUAAGUAACAAGGUUUUUCAUGUGAGAGAAAAUAUAAUGAAAAGAAGAAAAACAAAAGAAAAGAAAAGGAAGAGAGAGAGGAUGUGAGGAAUUUACUGGCAUUAGAGAGAGAGAGAGAGAGAGAGAGAGAGAGAGUCAAUCAAGUACCCAAUCAAGUUAUAUUAUACUAAAGUGUUUGAUAUGUCGUUUAUUUGUGUGUUUGUUUAUUUGUUGUUGUUGUUGUUGUUGUUGAGGAAUAAACAAGGUCAUAACA